UUUUUUUUCACCGUGCAUUCAAUGCACUAUUUCAUAACCUUAGGAUGAAUUAGCGAUUUAAAAAUAUUAACAGUAACUACUGUGGUGAUUUUAUAGUUUGGUGUUUACAAAAACUUUUUAUAUCAUAUAACAUUUUUAAUUUUUGUUUUUAAAUUUCUCAAAUUUUACAAAAUAUACAAUUUUCAAAAAUGAGUGUAAUGGAAACUGUUAAUUAUUAUUAUUACGACUUAGCUGAUCCUCGAAUAAGAGAUUGGUUUUUAUUGAAUAGUAUUUGGUAUCCAAUUAUAAUAAUAUUAGCCUAUAUUGUUAUUGCAUUUAAAUUAGCACCAGCUUACAUGAAAAAUAGACCGGCUUACAAAUUAAAUACAUUUAUUAAAUGUUAUAAUUUAUUUCAAGUAAUUCUAAAUGCAUAUAUUGUGAAAGAAUUGGUGCCCUGUUAUUCGUUUCUUCGUUUUUUUGAAUGUCGACCUAUAGAAUACACAAUUGAUGCUUGUGGAUUAACGAUAAUGAAAUGUGGUUAUUUGACAAUAGCCUUAAAAAUUAUUGACCUCAUUGAAACAGUAAUUUAUAUAUUGCGAAAAAAAAAUAAUCAAGUAUCCAUUUUACAUGUCUAUCAUCAUAUAACAACAUGUUUAAUUGCUAUAAUAUUUACAAGAUAUUUUUGUGGUGAAGUUGCAAUAUUGGUGCCAAUAAUGAAUUGUGGAGUUCAUGUGAUAAUGUAUUCAUAUUAUUUUCUCAGUAAUUUUGAAGGUCCAAUUAAACAAAUUAUUAUGCCAUUUAAACGUUACCUAACGAUCGCUCAAAUGAUACAAUUCAGUAUAAUGAUUGUACAAAUAAUAGCUGGUCUUUUACAGAAUUGUGAAUUAUCAAAAGUACUACUAUUUAUAAUGCUGAUUAAUGUAGCUUUUAUUUUCUAUCUAUUUUUCCGUUUCUAUAAGAAAACAUAUAUUAUUAAAUCAAAAAAGGAAAAAUGUUUUAAAAAAUAAAUAUGAUAUUAAUAAAGUAAA